GAUUUGCUUAUUCAAUUAAUUGUAAAUAUUUACCUAUUAAUUUCUUUUUUGCCUAAAAUGUAUCUGUGUACAAUAAGAAUAAAUAUAUAACUCUACGGGUUAUUUAAUGAAAUCAUCUCAACUAUCAAAUCAAUGCCAAAUAAAGAAGUCCGGAUAUCUCCAGCAGAACAGAAGAUACCAGUCAGCACUCCACAACAUGCUUCAAGUGCAAAAGGGGUCACUGUUAAGUCAGCAAUGAAUAAGGUGACUGUGAAAGAAACAGCCAUGUCCCCGGGAGGGCCGUCCGUCGCAGAUGAAGAGCGAACGGAACUGCUCGGGUCCCUGACGACGCAGCAACAGCAGCGAACCAGUGCCAGGGUUAUUAAGAAGCUGAGACUCGAACCGCAGACUGAUAAACGAGGUGAGGAUGCGAAAAACGUUACAGAAUGCGAAACACCGAACAAAGUGGACGACAAAGAUCCACUCAAGUUUCCAACUGUCAAACAACGAAUGCCUAAAGCGCUUUGGUCAGCGGAUGAGAAGAGUUUGUUCUUCGAAGCACUAAAUGAAUAUGGGAAAGACUUCGAUGCUAUCACCGCGUACAUAUGUGCUAAGAUGAAGAAGAAAGGCAUGUCUGAUGGAAAUUUAAAGACCAAGACGCAAGUCAGUCACUUCUAUUACAGGACGUGGCAUAAGCUCUCGAAGCAUGUGCGUUUUGAUGAAAAUCGAAUCUUGACGAUUCCAGAUGUCAAAAAAGUAGCCCAAGAGCUAUAUGCCCUGAUAAAUUACGGUGAACUCCGUCGAAAGCUAACGUCUGUGAACGAGAAAACAUGCGCUCGGCUCGGUGAGAUGGUGCGAGGGGGAAGUAUGGCGGUGCGGGCGAGAGGGAAGACUAUGAGAGUUCGAACGCCAAUGUGCAGGGCCUUAAGGAGACUUAACCAGAUAGCUGAGCGCGCGAUGGGCGCGCGGGUGUGCUCGCGCGCGCAGGUGGUGCUGCGCGCGCGCGACGCGGCGGCGUGGGCGCGCGUGCAGGGCGCGGCGCACAACCCGCGCGCGGCCGCCGCGCUGCCGCUGCGCACGGCGCUCGCCGCCUUCCUCACCGCGCUCGACAGGCGCUGGCGGACUUCAAACUACAAAAAGUCUGUGUCGGAAAAUGGUAUCGAUCCGAAAUUGAUCGAAGAUCAAAGCAAGGACUCUGAAGACUAUCAAGAAGUACCGGGCGACGCAGACGGGGGACUCGUCGACCACCUGCAGUUGGAAACGGAUAGGACCAUUGUGGAAGAACAACGCAAAAAGUUAGCCCUACACCUGGGUCCUCGUCCAGGGGCUGAGAUACACCUACCGGUCCUCAGUCCAAGCGAACACCUAUCCAGCCAGAAGAUUUGUUUCUCUUCGUAUUUGGAGAGAAUGGGGUCGUUGAGGAGGGAUAAGGAUAGUGGUGUCAAAAUCCGAACACCAAAACGGCAAAGAAAAGACAGCGUAACCGACAAGGAUAAAGAUGCAGAUAAAAAAUUUAAAAUAGAUGACACGGAGCACACGAAGUUAAUGCACAUCGACGAAACAGCGAUAGACGGAAUCGAACUCAUGGCCCACUACAAAAACAACCACGAAGAUGAAGAAAAGCCAAGUACAGAAGACGAGAAAGAGAUGAAAUCGGAAGAAACUGCGGAGGAGGAAGGAGAUAGAGAUAUGCCGGAAAGGGACAAAUAUAUGUCAGAGAGAGAAAAAGACAGCUUUUCAGAAAUGGAGGAUGACGAAAAGUUUAAUAAGAGCGACACGGAUAACGAAAGCGAUGGGCGGACUGAUAAGAGUCGAAAGGAACGGAAAUUUAAGAAUCUAAAGGUAAAAUUCCGCAUUCGACCAAAGAAACGUGGCGGAAGUAUCUACACAUUGGUACUAGAAAAGGAUUCUGAGGAAGCGAAGACCGAGGAGAAUAAGGCCGAGGACUCGAAGGCCGAAGACACGAAAGUUGAGGAGAAGGAGGAGGAAUCCAAGCCGGAUAUAGACGUGGACAUGGCUAUACGGCAGAUCAGGAAGGGCUGGAGCGUGCAUGACGCGGGUGAACUUACUAUAGGAGACCUGUAUUUAAUGUUCGGCGCGCGUUCAAAACUCGAAUUGGAUUAUUGGUGGGCAGAACCAACCCCACCACUUCCACAGCCGUUAAAGUCUUCGAAACCGACCGAAUCGAGUGACAAAGAUAAGUCCAUAGACAAAAAACAGGGCAAUAAGACGCCGGACAAAGUGGACAGCUCCGUGGAGGACGAGAGGGAAAAGAGGGAGAUUGACACGGACAUAUUCUCUCCGAAGAACACCUUCAGUCAGGACAGCAACGAUGGACUAUCUGGUGAUGAGAGGAAAUGUGAACAAUUGUCAUCCCCGGACCACAAGUCGUCGGGAAGCCUGAAGCUCGUGAGUAAGCUAAUCAACCGCCCCGUCGGUCCGGCCCCGGCCGGCGGGUUCGCUCUGCUCAGCGAUCGCCUGAGGCGCCUGCUGUCGCUGGCCGGCAACGCGCACGUGGCGCCGCGCGCGGCCGCCGCCCGACCGAAACAACAAGCAUGCAGCUCGCAGAGCGCGGUGAACUUGUCGCCCAAGUUGGUGGAUACCAGUUCAACUAUAUUCCGACAUCCAACGCCGAUAGCGCCGAGACCUGAGCUUGAAACCCAACGCCAGAUGAGCCUCGAGGGUUUGCCGAAGUGGCGUCGGGGUAGGCCGCGGAUGACGGACCGCAGGGUGGUGGUGCAGCGACUGCUACCGCUCUUGCCUAAACUACCACCGCCCAGCAAUUUGAUUCCAGUCAAAAUGGUUUCCAACACGACCCCAGCGCCGCCUCGGAUCUUGCCCAAGCCGCCCCCCACUCCCACUUCAGAUUUAUCUUUCUACUACGUGCUGAGCGAGUCUAACGGGCAGUUCUUCUUCCACGACGGAGAUCGCAGGAUACCGAUCACGCCUCUACCCGAAAACAUAAACGAGCAAGAUGAACCAAAGACAGACGAAGAUGAAGAAGCGAGAGAUAAUAAAGACAAAAUCGUGAAGGAUGGUUGUGCGAAUCCGGCGGAGCUGAAGAGAACCGAAACUGGAGCCAAAGCGGAUCAGACGGACAUUGCCAACUUCCUGCCGGGCGAGUCCAUGUCGCUGUCUCCGUCGCGCCUGCUGCGGGACGCGGAGGGCUGGCUGGAGGGCUCCGUGCAAGACUUCUCACUCAGCAGCUUCCUCGGUCACCUAGAGGGCCGGCCGCCGCCGGACUUGCCGGUGGAUUCGCACCUGCACUCGCUGAUGGUGGAGUCGAGCGUGGACUACGUGGCCAAGUUCGCAGACCUCGCCGCAGAGGUCGCCGACGAGACCGACCUCGCGCACUGACCUCGCGUCUUAGAGCCGAGCAAUAUAAAUAAUUAAGAAAAUAAACCCUACUAUAGAAAAUAGUAAGAAAGUGACUUUGGAGAUCCGAUAUACAAAUAUAUUUAUUUAU